CUUCCCUACUACGAUUCCCAUCAUGCUCUACGGCGCCCAGGACGCGGCUUCGGCCCUCGGCCCACUUCCGGUCUGGACGUAAUUCCGCUUUGUUAGGCGCGCGGUGGAUGGUCUGGAAACGUAGGGCUCGCCUUUUGCUGAAGCUUCGCGGCCUCGGAGCCCAGCAUGGCUUCCUCGCGAGCCUCCUCCACGGCAACCAAAACUAAGGCACCUGAUGACUUAGUCGCUCCUGUUGUGAAGAAACCACAUAUCUAUUAUGGAAGUUUGGAAGAAAAGGAGAGGGAACGGCUGGCCAAAGGAGAGUCUGGGAUUUUGGGAAAAGAAGGACUUAAAGCAGGAAUUGAAGCAGGGAAUAUUAACAUAACCUCUGGAGAAGUGUUUGAAAUUGAAGAGCACAUCAGUGAGCGACAGGCCGAAGUGUUAGCUGAAUUUGAGAGAAGGAAGCGAGCCCGGCAAAUCAAUGUUUCCACAGAUGACUCAGAGGUCAAGGCUUGCCUUAGAGCCCUGGGGGAACCCAUCACGCUUUUUGGAGAGGGUCCUGCUGAAAGAAGAGAAAGGUUAAGAAACAUCCUCUCAGUGGUCGGUACUGAUGCCUUAAAAAAGACCAAAAAAGAUGAUGAGAAAUCCAAGAAGUCCAAAGAAGAGUAUCAGCAAACCUGGUACCAUGAAGGACCAAACAGCCUGAAGGUUGCUAGACUGUGGAUUGCUAAUUAUUCACUGCCCAGGGCAAUGAAACGCUUGGAAGAGGCCCGUCUUCAUAAAGAGAUUCCUGAGACAACUAGAACCUCCCAGAUGCAAGAGCUGCACAAGUCUCUCCGGUCUUUGAAUAAUUUCUGCAGUCAAAUUGGGGAUGAUCGGCCUAUUUCCUACUGUCACUUUAGUCCCAAUUCCAAAAUGCUGGCCACAGCUUGUUGGAGUGGGCUUUGCAAGCUCUGGUCUGUUCCUGAUUGCAAUCUCCUUCACACUCUUCGAGGCCAUAACACAAAUGUGGGAGCAAUUGUCUUCCAUCCGAAAUCCACUGUCUCCUUGGACCAAAAAGAUGUCAAUCUGGCCUCUUGUGCUGCUGAUGGUUCUGUGAAGCUUUGGAGCCUUGACAGUGAUGAACCAGUAGCAGAUAUUGAAGGCCAUACAGUACGGGUGGCUCGUGUAAUGUGGCAUCCAUCAGGACGCUUCUUAGGUACCACCUGCUAUGACCGUUCAUGGCGCUUAUGGGAUUUGGAGGCUCAGGAAGAGAUCCUGCAUCAGGAAGGCCACAGCAUGGGUGUGUAUGACAUUGCCUUCCAUCAAGAUGGCUCUUUGGCUGGCACCGGGGGACUGGAUGCAUUUGGUCGAGUUUGGGACCUGCGCACGGGACGUUGUAUCAUGUUCCUCGAAGGCCACCUGAAGGAGAUCUAUGGAAUAAAUUUCUCCCCCAAUGGCUACCACAUUGCAACUGGCAGUGGUGACAACACCUGCAAAGUGUGGGACCUUCGGCAACGGCGUUGUGUCUAUACCAUUCCUGCCCAUCAGAACUUAGUAACUGGUGUCAAGUUUGAGCCUAUCCAUGGGAAUUUCUUGCUCACUGGUGCCUAUGAUAACACAGCCAAGAUCUGGACCCACCCAGGCUGGUCCCCACUGAAGACCUUGGCCGGCCAUGAAGGCAAAGUGAUGGGCCUAGACAUUUCUUCCGAUGGGCAGCUCAUAGCCACUUGCUCGUAUGAUAGGACCUUCAAGCUCUGGAUGGCCGAAUAGGCAGGACCGUGGAAAAAGGACGCUACCUCCCUCUCACAGAGCCAUUUUCAAAAGAAAGGAAUCGAUGUGUUUUGUUCUAUCAUGUUUUUGCCAAUUACCAUGCAUAGAUCCGCAAAAGAAUUGGAUUUCCAUGUCAGCUCCCACUGUAGGCAGGCUGCCUCCUCCUUGGGUUUUGAUAAACCCCUUUCAUGGUUGAAAUUUUAAUUUUCAUCUUCAGGCCCUGCCACGAACUGUGUAGACAUUGUGUUUCUUAAUCCUUUGUUUGGAUGCCCUGUUGCCUCCCUCACAGUACUCAGGAUUCCAUUUUGAAUUCUUGAAACUUGACUUUCCAUUACAUGGUACAUGCUUCAGGACCACACAUGACCCAGAGAGCAAGGGCUGGGCUAUAGUCUGAGCAGAGAGGCACAUCUCACCAUGCACUGGCUAAACAGUGGCUGGCAGAGCAAGAACCCUGAGAGCAGAAGGUGAAGAGGUAAACCACAGCUAUGCUCGGGUUUUGUAGUUGAGCUUUUUACCUCUUCCUGUCGAGUUCACUUGGAAUGCUCAUUGCACCAGGAAGCUCAGAACUAAACAUUUGCCUUGUCACAUAAUGCCUUCCAUUUUGCUUGGAAGUUUGGCAUCCUUUGUUGUUACCCAAAAGCUGGGCCAGUGUGAAGAGUCAAUGAAAUUUUUAGAAAGCAAAAA